AUGGCGAAGUUAACAAUGAUGAUCUUACUUACGCUAAUAUAUCUCCAUGUAACUGAACACGGAUUAUGUGAUGCUAGCUGCCCUUCCGAAUUCGAAGAAAUCGAUGGCAAUUGGUGCUUCAAAUGGAUUACAAAGAACACGACUUAUUGUGAAGCCAAUGAGGUCUGUUUAAACGAGGGUCUGAAAUUGGGUUUUCGUCUUUUUCUGGUCGGAUAUCACGCUAAAGUGGUUCCGAAACAUUUCUCGGGUAAAGAAACAGUGCCCACAACUAUAACUGCACUUUUGAAUCGAUCGACUAAUUUACGUGAUGGUUGGCGAGUUGGUGAUCCGGGUAUGGCGGAUUUUGUUUUUGAUCCCACGGAUAAUUACCUCCCUUGGCGAUAUACGGAGCCCAAUAAAAUGCAACAGCGUAUAGCAGUUUUUAUGCGCAAUGAAUUGUACGAUAAUGAGCAGUUUUACUCAAGAUACUCCGGUGCACUUUGUGAACUUGCACAGAAACCAAUCAGUGAAUAUCCAGAGAAAAUGCGAUUGAAUUGGCCUUACCCUCUCACGUCGCUCUUUCUGACGGACGCCAGUAAUCAAGGAUGUUUUGAACAGAAAGACUCACCUACUUUGUUACAUUGCGCCAAGUUGUGA